AUGCCACCAUACAAAGCACCACGUGGUGCGAGACAGCGCCGCAACUCGCACGGCGUCAAGAACGCGCCAGUCAUGAAGCGUCCCGCACAGCCUAAAGCCGAAUCACCACAAGUUGUUCAGCCGCUAAUCUCCGACGACAUCUCGCCGGAGGCCAUGCGAUUUGCGGAUCUCGCCAAUGACAAGCUUCUAGAACCCAUAAUCAUCGACACCAUCACCCAAGAUCUGGGGUUUACCCACAUGACUCCCAUACAAGAGGCUACUGUGCACGAUCUACUCACGAACCGAGUCGACUGCUUGGCGCAAGCCAGGACCGGCACGGGCAAGACUCUGGCUUUCCUGCUGCCUGCCAUACAAACAUUGCUAAAGAAGCCGCGCCGCCAUGGGAAGAUCUCAACACUCAUCAUCUCACCCACUCGUGAGCUGGCUAUGCAAAUUGCCAAAGAGGCUUGCGGUCUUCUUGGCCGCCUUCCCAUGUACAAGGUCAGCUGUGCCAUCGGCGGCACUAACAAGGAUCGAGAAGAGCGAGACAUUCUGUCCGGAUGUGACAUCCUUGUCGCUACCCCCGGCCGUUUGUACGAUCACCUCAGCGACUCGCGAAUUUUGGCUUCAUUCUCGGAACUCGACACCUUGGUACUGGACGAGGCGGACCGCUUGUUGGACAUGGGUUUCAUGAAAGACCUCAAAGAUAUCAUCGCUUGCCUUCCAGACCGGCAGCAGAAGCCUCGUCAUGGCAUGCUGUUCUCCGCAACCAUCGCCGAUCACGUCGAGAAGUUCGCCCAUCUCGUUCUAUCCCCUGGCUACAAGUUCAUUUCCACCAUACCCGCCGGGCAGCGCAAUACACAUGAGCGGGUUAUACAACAGCUCAUCACCGUGCCUACCUUUAGUGACGUCCUCCCUGCCCUGAUAUCCGCCAUCAAGUCGGAGAUGGCGCUCGACAAAGACUUCAAGGCGAUUGUGUUUGCCCCCACGGCUGCUUUGGCAGACUGGUACAGCAUGACGCUCGCCGAAGUUAGGGGACUGCCGCCAGUGUCAACGCUACAUGCGCGGAUAUCACAGUCCAAGCGAACGAGUGUCACGGAUGCCUUCCGCAAAUCUUCCUCCGUCAUACUCGUCGCCACGGACGUAGUCGCUCGCGGCAUGGAUUUUCCGGAGGUCUCGGCAGUUUUCCAAGUUGGAUUGCCUGCAGAUCGAGAGUCCUACAUUCAUCGUCUUGGCCGUACUGCCCGUGCCGGUCGUGAAGGGCGCGGCAUCUUCAUCAUCGCCGAAGCCGAAGCCUUCUUCCCAAAAUACAAAUUGAAAGACAUUGAGUUUUUAUCAGCAGGCACGACGAUUGCUGCCGAGGAUGCCGAGCUGGUGCAGAAAGCCGCAGCCAAGGCCAACAUUCAAGGCAAGGUCUAUCAAUCGUGGUUGGGCUACUAUAAAGCCCAUCUCAAGGCGCUGAAUUGGACUCCGGAGAAGCUUGUCGCCGAGGCCAACCGGUAUGCUAUCGAUGCGCUCUGCGCUGGCGGAGUGCCGGAGAUUCAAAAGUCUACGGUGGGGAAGAUGGGGCUCAAAGGCGUCAAGAAUCUCAAUAUCGUGGCUAAUAUUCCCUCUGCAGGGCGAGGAGGUGGGGGCGGCGGAGGCGGCGGCGAGGGACGACGCGGUGGCGGCGAAGGACGAAGAGGUGGGAAUAGAGGUCGAGGUCGUGGCCGAGGCUCGGGUUGA